AGUAUUUCCAUUCGACGGGAAAACUCAAAACUCAAUAGCCAUUCAUAAAACUGGCGGCCCCGGUGAAUCCCCCGCAAGAUUCUUCAUCUAUACACAUACACAUAUAUUCCUAUAAUAUUUAUGUCUGCAGAUAUCCAUCUCUUGUACGUAGUAGUUUGAUAAUUCUCUCUCUCUCUCUCUCUCUCUCUCAGUCCGAGUGUCUCAGCCGGCUCUGACCCAAUUGAUUUAAUUACGCUCUCCAAUCACUUAAUUUCAGAUUGAUUCCUCUAGACUCCAGUGAGGUAACAAUAUCAUGGUUCAGCCAUGCUGACGGCUCACACCACUGGAGCAAUUAGCAUUUUCCACACAUAUUUGGAUGACAAAACACUGCUGGAGGCUAGUUCACACAAGGUUAAGUAUGGCACUCCCCUGAUUGGCUGCCUAAUUUAUCCCACACAUGGAAGAGGUCCUCGUUUUACAGAUUUGCAGUGUUCGGCUUUCUCUUCAAAAGGCUGUACGAGGCUUAAUACCCAUCACCUAUUACACCAACCAGCUUCAAAGAAAUGGAUGUGUCGAUUGCGUGAAUCAAUGUCACCAGAUGACGAGUAUCGCUCUUCACGCAAUAUAGCAAUCAGCUUGUUCAGGCGAUACAGGAACUUCGUGGAGCGUGGAGGAGGUGACAACUUACAAGUAUACUCGGAGUUCAUCAAUGCUGGGGUGAAUGCGUAUGCAUUGGGGUGCACUGAUGAAGGACUGAGGACAGAACUUAGAGAUAUGAAGGAAUCGGGACUCGAAGUUGAAGCAAUGCAAAGUUAUGGGGGAGGCACCAGUCUGAAGUCCAAGAUUUUCUCCAAUGAGAUUGACGAGUGUAUUUUCUGGUUGAGCAUUAUAUUUAUUACCAUCCUGUGUACACCGCAACCAACCAUUGUUCGGUGGUCAUCAACUCCGCCAGUGACUGAUGAAGUACUGCUGCAGUGGAAAGGCUUUUGUGCCAUCAUAGCAAAUGCAUAUUACAUGAGAGGGAUGGCAUGGCUUCCAGUGAAGACUCUUCAACUAGAGCAAAUGGCAGUGGUGGGAUACGCAGAAGAGCCAUCAGUUGUUGCCAGCCGAAUGAGAUUAGUGUUUAGCACAUUGGAGGUCGUGAGUCCGCAGUGGCCAAGAGUGUAAUGCACAUGGCCAUGGCCGGAUGGUUGAGCUGGAACACACUACUAAUAAAUUCCUAGAAAUCUCGUUUAAUUUUCUGCUCCAUUGGGUAAGUGUAAUUAUUGUAUUUUUCAAGCAAGGUGAAUUGUAAAAUAAAAUUUCGUAAUACAUCUGUCUGUAAUGUUUAUAAUUGCAUAUCAAUCAAAGGAAAAUGAAGCUCUA